ACUUUAUUUAUUUUUAUGAGGGAGAGCGCCUGCAGAGUCAGCAGCUCAUUCAGCACCAGCUUGCGGCUGCGGCUUCUGGGAGGAAGCUGUCUCAUGCUCGUUCACCAGCCUGCUCGUUCACGACACCGGUCCACUCGCUGCAUGAUGGCUGAAGGAGGCGGACCCGAAUCCGGCAGCGCGGCAGACUCGGACUCAGAGCCGGUUGCCGCACAAAUGCCAACUCCUUCAAUAGAAAACCAAAAACAAACCAUUGGGUCACUUUUGAAAACAACUUUAAAAAAGGGAGACGACUGGUAUCUAAUAGACAGUCGGUGGUUCAAACAAUGGAAGAAAUAUGUAGGAUUUGACAGCUGGGACAUGUAUAAUGUUGGGGAACGCAGCCUCUACCCAGGUCCAAUUGAUAAUUCUGGGCUCUUCUCAGACCAGGAGACUCAAGCCCUGAAAGAGCACCUUAUAGAUGAGCUUGACUAUGUCCUUGUACCCACUGAGGCAUGGAAUAAGCUUGUCAGUUGGUAUAGGUGCCUAGAGGGCCAGAGACCCAUUGUCAGGAAGGUGGUUGAACAUGGCAUGUUUGUUAAGCACUGUAAGGUUGAAGUCUAUCUGCUUGAACUCAACUUGUGUGAGAAUGACAACAUGGAGAAUGUCAUCACACGCCAUUUCAGUAAAGCUGACACUAUAGAUACUAUAGAGAAGGAGAUGAGGACAUUGUUCAAUAUCCCUUCAGAGAAGGAGACCAGACUCUGGAACAAAUACAUGAGCAACACAUAUGAGCAGCUGAACAAGCCAGACAGCACUGUACAGGAUGCUGGUCUCUUCCAGGGACAGGUGCUUGUGAUUGAACGCAAGAAUGAGGAUGGCACGUGGCCUAGACAAGCUUUGCAACCAAAAUCCAGUGCAACUCCAUCUAGAAAUUGUUCUACCUCCCCAAAACUUUCAUCAAAUUCAUCAGUUGGUGCAUCUCCAACAGUAACCAAUGGCGACAGCAGCAGUAGCCCUGGUUAUGCUCUUAAUAACAGUACCUCCUCUAACAACAGAUAUGGGGGAUACAAUUCGUAUAGCUCCUCCUACAACUAUAGAGAGUCACAGUCGCAGCCUGGCCUGUGUGGUCUCAGUAAUCUGGGUAAUACAUGCUUCAUGAACUCGGCUCUCCAGUGCCUGAGCAAUGUGUCUCUACUCACAGAGUACUUCCUCACAGACCAGUAUGAAGCUGAGAUUAACCGAGAGAAUCCUCUGGGAAUGAGGGGGGAGAUUGCCGAAGCUUACGCAGAUCUGGUGAAGCAGAUGUGGAUGAGCCGCAACAGUUAUGUGGCCCCUCGUACCUUUAAAACCCAGGUUGGAAGAUUUGCUCCGCAGUUUUCAGGCUAUCAGCAGCAGGACUCUCAGGAGCUGUUGGCCUUCCUGCUGGACGGACUCCAUGAAGAUUUGAACCGUGUCAAAAAGAAGCCUUACCUGGCCCUGAGGGAUGCAGAGGGUCGUCCAGAUGAUAUUGUUGCAAAGGAAGCCUGGACGAACCACCGCUUACGCAACGACUCCGUCAUAGUGGACACUUUCCAUGGCCUCUUUAAAUCCACAUUAGUCUGCCCAGAGUGUUCCAAAGUGUCUGUGACCUUUGACCCUUUCUGUUACCUCACGCUGCCUCUCCCUAUGAAAAAGGACAGGACCAUGGAGGUGUUUUUGGUUCGAUCAGACCCUCAGUCAAGACCCACUCAGUACCGAGUGGUGGUCCCCAAACUGGGAACAGUCACAGACCUCUGCAGCGCACUGUCCAAACUCUGUGGAAUUCCUCCUGAAAAGAUGGUGGUAGCUGACGUUUACAAUCACAGGUUCCAUAAAAUUUACAGACGGGAUGACGCCCUCAACCAAAUCAUGGACAAGGAUGACAUUUUUGUGUAUGAGGUCCAAGAGGAGGACAGUGAGAGGAUGAACCUGCCUGUAUAUUUCAGGGAGCGCCACUCUAAGCAUGUUGGGAGCUCUUCUAGCACCUUGUUAUUUGGCCAACCUUUACUUAUCUCCGUGCCCAGACAUAACCUGUUAGCUGACGUCCUUUACGAGAAGAUCCUGGAACGGAUUGGACGCUAUGUUAAACAGCAGCACAACCCUAAUGGUGAAAGCCGAGCAUCAGCAUCAGCUACUUUAUCCAGCUGCAGUCAGGCUCCUGAAUGUUCUGCAUCAUCUACCAUCAAUGCCAGUCUGGGCGGCUGUGGCAGCCCCCAGUCAGACGGGGCCUCUUGCAGUGCCAGCUCCAGUAAUGGUAGCAACCACUCCGGAACCUGCACUGAAGCUAAUGGGCUGGAUGACGGUGAUGACGAGGCCAUGGAUCACCAGGUGAGUCCUGAGCCAGAGAAUGGGCAGUCUGAAGAAGAGGAGGAGAGCUCAGACUUGGAAAAUGGCUCCAAAGGAGAGACAGCGAGGCUCUUUACUUUUAGCAUAGUCAACUCCUAUGGCACAGUCAAUAUCAGCCCGCUGCCGUGCAAUGGAAAUGUCCUCAAACUUAACCCACAUUCUACGGUGGCAAUCGACUGGGACACGGAGUCAAAGAAACUGUACUAUGAUGAGCAGGAAGCGGAGGCCUAUGAGAAACACGAGAGCAUGCUGCAGCCUCAAAAGAAGAAAACAACUGUGGCUCUGAAAGAAUGCAUUGAGCUUUUUACCACCAUGGAGACUCUGGGAGAACAUGAUCCUUGGUAUUGUCCAACAUGUAAAAAACAUCAGCAAGCAACAAAAAAGUUUGACUUAUGGUCGCUGCCACGCAUCCUGGUCGUUCAUCUUAAGCGUUUCUCUUACAAUCGAUGCUGGAGGGACAAGCUUGACACGCUGGUGGACUUUCCUAUCAGGGAUCUGAACAUGUCAGAGUUUGUCUGUGAUCCAAAGGCCAGCCCUUAUGUCUACGACCUCAUUGCUGUUUCAAACCACUACGGAGGAAUGGGGGGUGGUCACUAUACCGCUUAUGGCAAGAAUAAAAUGGAUGAAAAGUGGUAUUACUUCGAUGACAGCAGUGUCUCGUCUGCCUCCGAAGAUCAGAUUGUGACUAAAGCAGCCUACGUGCUGUUCUAUCAGCGCAGAGAAGAGGAAAACCCCUUAAAAGCUGAGCCAUCUGCCUCGCUGGGAGGAGCUGCCGAGGCGGCAGACGACCACAUGGACACAAACUGAGGAGCUCUGACCCUUAAAUGCAACCUGGAAAAAAUGGCGAAUAGAGACUUGGACAUGCGCACACCAUACUUCUUUAGUGGUAGAGGACUCCACAGACUUAUUAACCCUUUCUUCCUCGCGUUUAUUUGACUUCCGUCUUGUCUUUGUCUUCAGCGAACAGCCUUGUCCAAAAGGUGAACUAAAAGACUUCCCCCGGGCAUCGGGUAGUCAUAGUGAACUCAUUUGGGGCUUUGGAGGAAUGACAGUUAAAAUAGAAGCUCUCUCUAGAUGAGCAGAAUGUUACAAGUGCCCACAAAAAUUAUUGAAAAUCGAAAAGAAAAAAGCCAAAUGCUCAUAUUGUUUCAACCAAAGUAAUUCUAGUUAUUUAUGAAUAGAUGUGAUGCAUAGGUUAGCAGGGUUUUGGUGUGCUGCCUACAUUUAUUUUGAACUUCUGGUUUCAUUAAUGGAGAUGCAGGUUUAUGCGUGUGAGCUGCUCACAGAAUAAUGGCUGCCACCAUUAUAGAGGCUUUGCUGCGUCCUUAUUGGUGGAUCCCUGGGUGCAUAGCUGUCACAGCUCUGUGAUACAUUCACCUUUUUGACAUUGGACUUGGCAGGUUAAAGCUGGUCGGCCUUGCUUUUGUUUUUUUCUAUAAAGAACAGCUUAAAUUUUGCUGUCCUUUGGGCCUGUUAUGAGAAGAUUCCUACCCUCAUAAAAGUUUUCCUUUUUUAUAUAAUCUAAAAGAAAUAAGCGGCCUUUUUAUUCCUGCAAACCUGAAAACAAAGGAGGCACUUUGAAAUCUUUACAAGUACAUGAUCUGUCUGCUUCUGGUGUAUUUAGUCAGGAAGGUGUGGUGUGGCUGUAGCAUUAAGGCUUAUGGUCACUCGUGCACUUUCUAAAUCACUUAGUCUUUUUAAGGGUCUUUUGAUUGCUGCUGGAUCAGACCAGCUCACCUUGCAAUAGCAUCGUCCUCAUUGGUCAUGUACAUUCAUGCCGCUCUGUACGGAAAUGCCUGUUUUAUGUUUCAAAGCACACUGAGUGAAAGAAAUAAACUGGUAUAAAAAUGAUGGUUUUGAUCUUGGAAAUUAAACAUGGGAAUGCUGUGCAUGUAAUGCCAAACAUAAGUGAAGCAGCAAACUCCAUGUAGUUUUAAUUGGCACAAAGUAAAUGCAGAGUUUAGCAUCUUAGAAAUGAUAAGCAACAGAGAUGGAAUAAAAUGCGCUUAAGAUGUGUGGUUUGACAUGUUAAAGGUGUUUAGUACUUGUUUACAGUGUUGUGUGGAAAAAGUUCUGCACUCUUGUUUAAUAAAUAGAAUAAAUAA